AUGUCGAACAAAUACGAAGCGCCCAGCGGUCCCCCUCCAGGCUACCCUCAACAACCGCAACAGGCCCACUACGACGCCGGUCCCGCCGGCGACCCUCGAGGCGCCGCAGACGGAUACUACGGCAGCCCACCACCAGGUCAAUACGGCCAACCUGCUCCUUAUGGACAGCCGCCGUACGGACAGCAGCCCUAUGGCCAGCCGGGCUAUCCCCCACAGGGCGGCCCAUACCAGCAGCAGCCGAUGAUGUAUCAGCAAGGACCGCCGCCUGGUGCCUACGAUCAGCGCGGUCCGGGCGGUGGUGGUGCUGGAUGCUGUGCGGGUAUUAUGGCCGCGUUAGCUUGCUGCUGUUGUUUGGACAUCCUCUUUUAA